CAUCACGUGUUGAAGACGACUUUCUUUCCCCAAGGUAUUGUUGAAGUAGACCUUAAUAUUUAAAAAGAACAAAACAAUAAAGAAAACACAAAUGUUAGGUGUCUCAGUGCUUUUCUCUGGAGAGAAAAUUUCAGUGAUCUUCACAUCAAAUCAAUCUGAGAAUUAACUUCCCAACUUUGGUGGCGUUUGGAACAAAUUCAAGGCCACUUUGUGCACACUUCUAUAGUUCUUGUACUUGCAGAUACACUAUUUCUUGUAUAUAAACAUGGCCCAAAGAAUAGCAAAUCAUGUCCUCUCUCGUACACCCUUUAAGCCCUAUAUCUUCAGAGUUGAUGAUCUACUACGCACAGUAAAUGAGAAGGCCUACGAACCAGCUAUGGUUGCCAUUGGUCCUUAUCACCAUGGCAAAAAAAUCUUGGAAAGAAUGGAAGAACACAAAUCAAAGUACCUACAACAACUUCUUCAACGAAGAAACGAGUCUAGUGUGGACAAAUAUGUUGCAAAGUUGAGAGCAUUGGAAGAAGAAGCGCGUAGUUGUUAUGCAGAACCGAUCAGUCUAGACAAAGAUAAGUUUGUAGAAAUGAUGCUCGUUGAUGGUUGUUUUAUCAUUGAGUUUUUGCGCAAGACGAAGAUGAAAGAACUAGUAGAUGAAGAUGAUCCUAUUUUCCAGAUUGAUCGGAUCAAGAAUAUAUUAGGACGCGAUCUGAUUUUGUUUGAAAAUCAACUCCCAUUGUUUAUUCUUGUUCAGCUGUUCAACAUGACCAAGCAUUCGGAUGAUCACAUGAACGAUAUGGACAUAGCUGAGAUAGCUUUGAACUUUUUGGGCAGAAAAUUACCAUGCUCAAAGGGCAUACAAGCGUCCACUAGGGUUUCAAUUGAUAAUUUUGAUCAUCUGCUAGGCCUCAUGCAUCAUCGUUGGAGUCCUUCCUUUGCUGAAAUGGCACCGAAUAGAAACGUUGGAAAUCAAGAUAAAUUGCAGUUGAUAAAAAGUACAACAGAGCUCGAGAGGGUUGGCAUUAAGUUCAGAAAAGCGGUGAAUACUUCUUUAUUCGACAUAAGGUUCCGAAAGAAGAUUAUGAAAAUUCCAUCCAUAACAGUUAAUGACGAAACAGAGUGUCUCUUUAGAAAUCUCAUUGCAUACGAGCAAUACCAUCAGAAUUUUUGCCAGAAUUAUGUGACUGGUUAUGCAACCUUCAUGAAUUGUCUCAUUGAUUCUGCAAAGGAUGUUGAGGCACUUCGUAGCUAUGGAAUCAUCGAAAAUCGAUUAGCUGAUGAUGCAUCAGUUUCUGCUAUGUUUAACAAGCUGUGCUCUAACGUGGCCAUUAAUCGUAGAAAGUUCUGCUAUUCCCAUGUUUUGGAGAAAGUGAAUGAUUAUCGUCCCGGAUUUCUUAAAAAGAAGUAUGCUGAGCUGAAAUACAGGUUGAGAGAUCCAUUGACGUUCCUAAAUGUUAAAUUUUCUGUAGUGACAAUUGUACUCGCAGCCAUACAAAUUAUGGAUCUGGUAAAUAAAUCCUAGAGUCUUCUGGCAUGUUAGUCCUUUAGAAAGAAAUAUGGUUAAAUAAAAUUUGAGUAAUCGUUCAAUAGUUGCUUGGAAUUUUUUUAAUUAAAAUUAGUUUCACUCAAGG